GCAAUUCUGGGACCGCCUCCCAUUGGCUGGAGCCAGGAGGGAUCGCCCGCGGCUGUAAAGCGGCUGGAUCUGCUGGGCGGGUCGAGAUCCGGGCGGUGAAGGGACGCUGCGCGAGAACAAGAGGUUAACGCAGCUCAGCCGACCCCCACAGUGGUGGGGCAGAGAUUUCGCCAGCAUGAGGGAUGACAGCAACCUGUUUGAGCCGCUUCUGGACGAUGGGGACGACAGCAAGCUCAUACCUGUGCAGAGAUUCUCAUACAGAGAGAAACUGUGGGGAAUCCUACCACGAAGCUCUGCGCCAUCGUGGUUCAACGGCAUAGAAUGUGGCGUGCCCAGUUUCUCUGACAAGGCCACUAUGACUCAGACGACCAGGCCGCUGAGCAAACGAAAAGCUUGGAUUUUGAUUCUGGUUCUCCUUGCCCUUCUCACCCUCCUCGCCUUGGCUUUUAUCGGGGCUCUGUUCUGGGCCCCGUGGAGACAGCAGUCUCCCGUUGAAGCCGACAGGGCAAGAGCUGGGGAGAACGCGGCAGGGGCCAUCUUGGUUGGGCAGAAAAACCUCAGUCUUGCAGCUCUAUUGGAAGCCGAGAUGCAGGAACCGCAACAGGGAGCCAUGCGUAAGUGCUUGGAGGAAGCGGUUCACAAGUUUUCUGAGGAGCCAGCCAUGGUGCGGAAGAACUCCAGGAUGAUCCUUCAGUGUAACGGAACAAAGCAGGAGUUCCUUUCCGGAAAAGGGGAAGUCCACAUCGAAGUGGUCUGGAUCAACGGCACGGCGUCGUACCACCUCGAUGAGGCCAGCCCAGAAGUCCACGUGGCAAGGCUUGGGCGCCACCCGAUGCCGCUCAGUCUCGCCAAAAUCAGUGAUGUCCUCCAAGACCUACCAUUCAACAUCUCUGAGAGUCAGGGAGAUUUGAAGGAGCUGCGUAGCUGCCUCAACAAGGCCUUGCAAGAAUUUCCACAUGAGCCAGUGGUGCUGCAGGACGAUGCCAAACUGAUGGUGACUUGUGGAGGAGUAAAUCUGACCUUCAUCUCCGGUGAGGGGCAGAGCGAUAUCAACGUGUACAGAGAAAACGGGGAAGUUCAGUAUCAGGUGAAGCCUAUCUGGUCGGCUUGGUGGGCCAGGCUUUUCAAAGGAAGGCUCGGUUGAGUGACUGCGCAGGAGGUAGCUUUGUGGCGCUGCUGGGGAGUCAAAAGGACUGACUAUAAGGCAUCUCGCUGCAGCGGUUUCAAAUACACCACCCUCAAGAUCCCAUUAUUCCAAUGUUCUCUGCAGUUCCUGUCAAUCACAUAGCUGCCAAUGAAUGAUUAUUCACUAGUGAUGUAUAAAACAAUCAAAAUCCUUUGUCCAGGAUAUGAUUUCAGGGUGGGCAGGGCAUUUCUUUUUUUCCUAGGUGAACAACUAUGCCUUAAUCACAUAUUUAAAAUUUUAUGUAUGCAUCCGCCGUACUGCCAAGUAUGUAAAGGUUUUUAAUGAUUAGAAUCAUGUGUGACAAUCUUUUCCCCCAACCCAGAAAGUUCAAGUACUGCCCCUUAUGCGACUUGUUCUUCUGUGUUCUGUUUACUGGUUUAUUAAAUAAUUUUUUUCUUCUU